AUGGCUAGAAUAAGCUGCUGCAUGAACGCUGUCUUGAUCUUUUCAUCGACCCUUCUGCUCAUGUUAUCCGAAUCAGCAAUUCGGGGUGAAGGGUCGAGUGAUUACGGGGCUGCGCUCACCAACUCAUUGCUGUACUUCGAGGCUCAGCGAUCGGGCCAGCUGCCUCCUAAUCAGAGAGUCCAAUGGCGCGGCGAUUCCGCGCUCAAAGACGGCGAGGACGCCGGAAUCGACCUGACCGGAGGAUACUACGACGCCGGCGACAACGUCAAGUUCGGGUUCCCGAUGGCCUUCACGAUCUCUUUGCUCUCUUGGAGCGUCGUGGAGUUCAGAGCCGCCCUGAAAGGGAAGCACGAGCUCUCGCACGCGCUAGAGGCCGUAAGGUGGGGCACGGACUACCUGAUCAAGGCCCACCCUGAGCCCGACCUCCUCUAUGGCGAGGUUGGCGACGGCGACUCCGACCACUCGUGCUGGAUGAGGCCCGAGGAGAUGACCACCCCCCGCACCACCUACAAGAUCAACGACCAGAGUCCCGGGGCCGAUCUUGCCGGGGAAACCGCGGCAGCAUUCGCGGCGGCUUCGGUCGCCUUUGCCUCGGAGGAUUCUGAAUACUCGGCUCAGCUUCUAACUCAUGCAAAACAGCUCUUUGAUUUCGCUCGGAAUCAUCCCGGCCAGUACCAGAAUAGCAUCCCUGUAGCAGGAAAGUUCUAUUCCAGCUCUGGAUAUCAGGAUGAACUACUGUGGGCAGCUGCAUGGCUUCACCGUGCUACCGGGGACAAAGAGUACCUCGAUUACCUCGGCAGCUCGGGCGACACCGGCGGCGGUCGGACCGAGUUCUCGUGGAACGACAAGUACGUCGGCGCCCAAGUCCUCGUUGCCAGGCUAGUGUUGGAAGGCGAAGUUGAGAACUCAGGGCAAUGGGCACAAUACAAGAGCCAAGCCGAGCAGUUCAUAUGCAAUUGCCUCCAGAAAGGCAACGGCAAUUUCCACAAGUCCCCUGGUGGAUUGCUGUGGUUUCAGCCCUGGAACAACCUCCAGUAUACCUCGUCUGCUGCGUUAAUUGCAGCAGUGUACGCCGACUACCUUGCCCCCAAGCAAGCCUCGGUCCAAUGCCCCGGCGGUAUAGCAUCAUCCUCCGAUCUGAUCGACCUUGCCCGGUCACAGGCGGACUAUAUCCUCGGAGAGAACCCGAGGAAACUGAGCUACAUGGUCGGCUAUGGGUCGAACUAUCCGACCCAAGUGCACCACAGGGGGGCCUCCAUAGUCUCAAUCAAGCAGGACCCGACGCCCGUCUCAUGCAGCCAAGGAUUCGACUUGUGGUUUAAUAAGAACGCACCGAACCCAAAUGUAUUGGUCGGAGCGCUCGUUGGGGGCCCGGACGGGCAAGACGAGUACACAGACUUGAGGUCGAACUAUCAGAUGGCCGAGCCCGCGACGGUUAACACGGCACCUUUCGUUGGGGUUUUAGCUAGGCUUGCUUGA